CAAUGAAGAUACAAAUUAUCUAGAUGAAAGUACAUUAAACGCAUAUAUUGAUCAUGAUGUUUUGACAAAAAUUCAGCAAAAGUAUCUCUUAAAUACUAGAGAAUCAGAAUUUGCAGAUAAGACACAAGAUGCAUUAAGAAUAUUCGUCCAA